AUGUACCGCCGCCUGGGAGAGGCGCUGCUGCUGUCCCGGGCCUCGCCGGCCACCCUGGCCUCGGCGGCCGACUCGGCGACAGCGCUGGGCGGGGCCGGCGGGCAGCCCGCGUCAUCCGCACGGCGACUCCACAGCAAGGCGGUGCUGGACUUGGAGGACAACCCCAAGUUCUUCAAGAUGGUAGACGGCUUCUUUGACCGCGGCGCCAGCCUCGUGGAGGACAAGCUGGUGGAGGACCUCAAGACCCGGGAGAGCGAGGAGCAGAAGCGGAAACGGGUGCGGGGCAUCCUGAGAAUUAUCAAGCCCUGCAACCAUGUGCUGCAAGUCUGUUUCCCCAUCCGGCUUGACGAUGGCUCCUGGGAUGUGAUCCAAGGCUACCGGGCCCAGCAUAGUCAGCACUGCACGCCCUGCAAGGGGGGUAUCCGUUACAGCAAAGAUGUGAGUGUAGAUGAAGUAAAAGCUUUGGCUGCUCUGAUGACAUGUAAGUGUGCUGUGGUUGAUGUGCCAUUUGGGGGUGCUAAAGCUGGUGUUAAAAUCAAUCCCAAGGACUACACGGAUAAUGAAUUAGAAAAGAUCACAAGGAGAUUCACCAUAGAACUAGCAAAGAAGGGCUUUAUUGGUCCUGGCGUUGAUGUACCUGCCCCAGACAUGGGCACCAGUGAGCGUGAGAUGUCCUGGAUUGCUGACACCUAUGCCAGCACCAUAGGGCACUUUGAUAUUAAUGCACAUGCCUGUGUUACUGGUAAACCCAUCAGUCAGGGUGGGAUCCAGGGACGCAUCUCUGCUACCGGCCGUGGUGUUUUCCACGGCACUGAAAACUUUCUCAAUGAAGCUUCUUUUAUGAGCAUUUUGGGAAUGACACCAGGGAUUGGAAAUAAAACAUUUGUUCUUCAGGGAUUUGGUAAUGUGGGUCUGCACUCUAUGAGAUAUUUACAUUGUUCUGGUGCUAAAUGUGUUGGUGUUUGUGAAUCUGACGGGAGCAUAUGGAAUCCGGAUGGUAUUGACCCAACGGAACUGGAAGACUUCAGAUGGCAUCAUGGAUCAAUCCUGGGUUUCCCCAAGGCAAAGCCCUAUGAAGGAAACAUUUUGGAAGCAGACUGUGACAUACUGAUCCUUGCUGCCAAUGAGAAGCAGCUGACCAAAUCCAACGCAUCCAGAGUCAAAGCCAAGAUUAUUGCCGAAGGUGCCAAUGGACCCACAACUCCAGAAGCUGAUAAGAUUUUCCUGGAGAGGAACCGUAUGGUUAUUCCCGACCUCUACUUGAAUGCAGGAGGAGUGGUAGUAUCUUACUUUGAGUGGUUGAAGAAUAUAAAUGAUAUCAGCUAUGGCCGAUUGACCUUCAGAUAUGAAAGGGAUUCUAACUACCACUUGCUCAUGUCUGUUCAAGAGAGUUUAGAAAGAAAAUUUGGGAAGCACCGUGGAACUAUUCCUGUUGUGCCCACAGCAGGGUUCCAAGACAGGAUACUGGGUGCAUCUGAGAAAGACAUUGUGCACUCUGGUUUAGCUUACACUAUGGAACAUUCUGCCAGGCAAAUCAUGCACACAGUCAUGAAAUAUAACCUGGGAUUGAACCUGAGAACAGCUGCCUAUGUCAAUGCCAUUGAGAAAAUCUUCAGGGUGUACAAUGAAGCUGGUUUGAUCUUCAGAUAG